GGAACGGAGCGGAUCGGUGGCGAUUCAGCAAAUAGAGCAUCUGCAGGAGGAAGACGAGGCGCCUCCCAGAGUCUCUCAUACCCUUCUUGAUCGAGCUGUUUCUUGUGUUUACAGUGAAGUACCUCUAGGUUAAACUUUUUUUUAAAUUAUUUUAAAGAAGAAAUUAUCAAUGGAGCGGCAGCGUCCACGAUCGGAGCGCAAAAACAUGGACACGUGUUUGAGGCGUUUGAAGCAGGAGCUGCUCUCCAUGAGGAAGGCUGGCAACGGACUGCAUGCCCAAAUGAACUCCAUGAUGGGGGCUCUGCAGGAACUCAAACUUCUGCGGCUGCAGACCACACUGGAGAGGCUGGAGAUUUCAGGCAAGCCCAGCCACACUUGUUCUCCUAACCAUCAUGUGUUCUUCUCCCCUCCAACAUUCUUCUCUCCUGCUCCACCUGUGGAGCUGUGCCCACCAUCACCCUGGACGCUUGAUAGAGAGCUUAAGGCUUCACCCAGGAGCAGUCUAGCAAAGAUAUCAUCUGCAUCUUGCUGCCAGGGUGGCACACCUCCUCCAUCGGGAAGGUACCCUGGAGAAAGUGGGUACUCACAGGAAUGCAACCGCAGCUCAUUCCCAGUCCGUCAAACACUGGCGCCCUGGGGUACCCAUGAGCUGUCUGGUGUCCCAGGUUCGCUGCGGAACCUCGGUGUUGAUGGGCAGUCACUGGAAAAUGACUUCUCAGAGGAAAGUAGCAACGACUCAAGUGACUGGACCUCUACACUCAUGAGUCGUGGCCGCAAUCGCCAGCCAUUGAUCCUUGGUGACAACAUAUUUGCUGACCUGGUGGGAAACUGGCUGGACCUGCCUGAUCUGGAGAAGAAAGCUCCAAGUCUGGCUGGGUGGGACAAUGAUGAGGAGGACAAAAAAGAACCAGAAUGCCUACUGAGACUCAGCCACUCCCAGGAAAUCUGCCGCAGGUUCUCCCUCACUGCAAACAUCUUCAAGAAGCUUUUGCGCAGUGUGUGCCCUGACAAGGACAAGCUGCUUAUGGAGAAACCGGGCUGGAUGCCUCUUGAUGACCCUGAUGCAGAGCUCUUAAAAAGGUGCAAAAAAGGGACUAAAAAAGGGACAUUCUACCUUCCAUUUUGGUCAAGGAAGAAUGGGCAGCAGAGAAAGGGUAGGUCAGACCUCUGUCCCACAGAGGGGAGGACCCAAACCUCAGUAAUGUGCUCCACCAAGGGGGACCAGGAGGUGGAAGAGAAUGUGCAACCAAAGUUUGAUUACAGCAUAGCUGUCUGGGUCUGACCACCUGCAGAUGGAGGGGGAUUAGAGGUCUGACCCCUUAGCAAGGCUGCAAGUGUUUGCACUGUGGUGGGACCCGGUGGCCUUUUGCCUGAACCUUCCUUUUGUACGUGACAUGGAUCCCUUGUGUAUCAUUACAAUGUCUUUGUGGUGCUGGAGUCACAGUCCACCAUGAACAAAGAAUGGGAUGAACACCAUCCACAAAAACUCAUCUUAAUUCUCCCAUGACAUGUUUAACAUGCACCUUGCCUUUUGAAAUUAUUCAGA